GGCUGGGGAAGGGCUAGCGGAAAGCGAGGGCCAAAGGAGGGGGUUGGGGAAGGGCGAUCGGGAGGCGCGGGCUCUCUCUGGCAGGUUGCCGCAGCCAUGCAGUGGCUGCCUCCCAUGGCUGUGGAGAACUUGCCCACGGUCCAGGAGCGCCCAAGCGCCUUCAGCCAGCUAGUGUACACCAAGAACGACUCCUACAUCAUCCACUAUGGGGAUCUUAGAGAGAUCCAUAAAGCUGCCUCCCAGGGCCGAGUCUCAAAGCUACAGAAGAUGACAGUGAAGAAGAAGACCAUCAACCUUAAUGUAAAAGACGCCAAGAAGAGGACUGCUCUACACUGGGCCUGUGUCAACGGCCAUGCGGAAGUAGUAACAUUUCUGGUAGACAGAAAGUGCCAACUUGACGUCCUUGAUGGGGAAAACAGGACACCUCUGAUGAAGGCUCUACAAUGCCAGAGGGAGGAUUGUGCAAAUAUUCUGGUAGAUUCUGGUGCCGGUCUAAAUAUUGUAGAUGUGUAUGGCAACACAGCUCUCCAUUAUGCUGUUUAUAAUAAGAAUUUGUCAGCGGUGGCAAAACUGGUGUCCCAUGGUGCAGUCGUCGAAAUGCAAAACAAGGCUAGCCUCACACCACUUUUACUGGCCAUAACGAAAAGAAGUGAGCAAAUUGUCCAAUUUUUACUGACAAAAAGUGCAAAUGCGAAUGCAGUUAAUAGGUUUAAAUGCACAGCUCUCAUGCUUGCUGUAUGUCAUGGAUCAUCAGAGAUAGUCGGCAUGCUUCUUCUGCGAAAUGUUGACGUCUUUGCUGAAGAUACGUGUGGAAUGACUGCAGUACGUUAUGCUGUUGCUUGUGGAUUUGAUCACAUUCAUCAACAACUUUUGGAAUAUAUACGAAAAUUAUCUAAAAAUACCGGUCCAGGAACAUCUGCAGGAACACCUGAUGAGACUGCACCCUUGGUGGAGGGAACACCUGACACAGCUGAAAGCUUGGUGGAAAAAUCACCUGAUGAGGCUGCACCCUUGGUGGAGGGAACACCUGACACAGCUGAAAGCUUGGUGCAAAAAACACCUGAUAAGGCUGCACCCUUGGUGGAGGGAACACCUGACAAAAUUCAAUGUUUGGGGAAAGCGACAUCUGGAAAGUUGGAACAGUUAGCAGAAGAAACACCUAGAAAAAUUACGAGGCCUGCAAAAGAAACAUCUGGGUAUAAUAUAUGUCCAGUAACAGGAAGACUUACUAAGAUCGCAUGGGAGAAAAAACAAGACAGUGUAAAGACUGAACGCGUGGCAGUAGUAACAUCUAAUAAAACUCAAGUUUCGGAAAAAGGAACAUCUAAGAUGAUUGCAUGUCCUACAAAAGAAACAUCUACAAAAGCAAGUACCAAUGUGCGUGUGAGUUCUGUAGAGUCUAUAUUCAGUCAAUUUGGCAAACCGCCUAUUGAAAAUUCACAGUCUACAAAACUUGAGGAAGACUUUAAUCCUGCUACCGAGAUUAUCUGUAAGAGUGCUGAACAGAAUUAUAUGUGUUUACCUGGUGCUGCUAUAUAUGAAGAUGAUGUCAAAACGAUAAAUCACAAAAUAGAAGAUCAGAUGAUCCCAUCAGAAUCCAAACAAAAGGGUGAAGAAGAAAAUUCUUGGGAUUUAGAGGGUGUGCGUGAGACUGUUUCACAGAAGGAUGUGUGUUUACCCAAGGCUACGCCUCAAAAAGAAUUCCACACGAUAAGUGGAAAAUUAGAAGAUCAGAUGAUCCCAUCAGAAUCCAAACAAAAGGACGAGGAAGAAAAUUCUUGGGAUUUAGAGAGUGACCGUGAGACUGUUUCACAGAAGGAUGUGUGUUUACCCAAGGCUACGCCUCAAAAAGAAUUCCACACGAUAAGUGGAAAAUUAGAAGAUCAGAUGAUCCCAUCAGAAUCCAAACAAAAGGACGGGGAAGAAAAUUCUUGGGAUUUGGAGGGUGUGCGUGAGACUGUUUCACAGAAGGAUGUGUGUUUACCCAAGGCUACGCCUCAAAAAGAAUUCCACACGAUAAGUGGAAAAUUAGAAGAUCAGAUGAUCCCAUCAGAAUCCAAACAAAAGGACGAGGAAGAAAAUUCUUGGGAUUUAGAGAGUGACCGUGAGACUGUUUCACAGAAGGAUGUGUGUUUACCCAAGGCUACGCCUCAAAAAGAAUUCCACACGAUAAGUGGAAAAUUAGAAGAUCAGAUGAUCCCAUCAGAAUCCAAACAAAAGGACGGGGAAGAAAAUUCUUGGGAUUUGGAGGGUGUGCGUGAGACUGUUUCACAGAAGGAUGUGUGUUUACCCAAGGCUACGCCUCAAAAAGAAUUCCACACGAUAAGUGGAAAAUUAGAAGAUCAGAUGAUCCCAUCAGAAUCCAAACAAAAGGACGAGGAAGAAAAUUCUUGGGAUUUAGAGAGUGACCGUGAGACUGUUUCACAGAAGGAUGUGUGUUUACCCAAGGCUACGCCUCAAAAAGAAUUCCACACGAUAAGUGGAAAAUUAGAAGAUCAGAUGAUCCCAUCAGAAUCCAAACAAAAGGACGGGGAAGAAAAUUCUUGGGAUUUGGAGGGUGUGCGUGAGACUGUUUCACAGAAGGAUGUGUGUUUACCCAAGGCUACGCCUCAAAAAGAAUUCCACACGAUAAGUGGAAAAUUAGAAGAUCAGAUGAUCCCAUCAGAAUCCAAACAAAAGGACGAGGAAGAAAAUUCUUGGGAUUUAGAGAGUGACCGUGAGACUGUUUCACAGAAGGAUGUGUGUUUACCCAAGGCUACGCCUCAAAAAGAAUUCCACACGAUAAGUGGAAAAUUAGAAGAUCAGAUGAUCCCAUCAGAAUCCAAACAAAAGGACGGGGAAGAAAAUUCUUGGGAUUUGGAGGGUGUGCGUGAGACUGUUUCACAGAAGGAUGUGUGUUUACCCAAGGCUACGCCUCAAAAAGAAUUCCACACGAUAAGUGGAAAAUUAGAAGAUCAGAUGAUCCCAUCAGAAUCCAAACAAAAGGACGAGGAAGAAAAUUCUUGGGAUUUAGAGAGUGACCGUGAGACUGUUUCACAGAAGGAUGUGUGUUUACCCAAGGCUACGCCUCAAAAAGAAUUCCACACGAUAAGUGGAAAAUUAGAAGAUCAGAUGAUCCCAUCAGAAUCCAAACAAAAGGACGGGGAAGAAAAUUCUUGGGAUUUGGAGGGUGUGCGUGAGACUGUUUCACAGAAGGAUGUGUGUUUACCCAAGGCUACGCCUCAAAAAGAAUUCCACACGAUAAGUGGAAAAUUAGAAGAUCAGAUGAUCCCAUCAGAAUCCAAACAAAAGGACGGGGAAGAAAAUUCUUGGGAUUUGGAGGGUGUGCGUGAGACUGUUUCACAGAAGGAUGUGUGUUUACCCAAGGCUACGCCUCAAAAAGAAUUCCACACGAUAAGUGGAAAAUUAGAAGAUCAGAUGAUCCCAUCAGAAUCCAAACAAAAGGACGAGGAAGAAAAUUCUUGGGAUUUAGAGAGUGACCGUGAGACUGUUUCACAGAAGGAUGUGUGUUUACCCAAGGCUACGCCUCAAAAAGAAUUCCACACGAUAAGUGGAAAAUUAGAAGAUCAGAUGGUCCCAUCAGAAUCCAAACAAAAGGAUGAAGAAGAAAAUUCUUGGGAUUUAGAGGGUGUGUGUGAGACUGUUUCACAGAAGGAUGUGUGUUUACCCAAGGCUGCGCCUCAAAAAGAAUUCCACACGAUAAGUGGAAAAUUAGAAGAGUCUCCUCAUAAAGAUGGUCUUCUGAAGCCUACUUGUGGAAUGAAAGUUUCUAUUCCAAAUAAAGCCUUAGAAAUGAAGGAUAUACAAACAUUCAAAGCAGUGGAUGUGAGUUCUGUAGAGUCUAUAUUCAGUCCUUUUGGCAAACCGACUACUGAAAAUUCACAGCCUACAAAACUUGAGGAAGACUUUAAUCUUGCUACCAAGGAGGAAGCAACAAAGACAGUAACUGGACAACAAGAAAAUGAUAUUGGCAUUAUUGAACAAGCUCCACAAGAUCAAACAAAUAAGAUACCCACAUCAGAAUCAGGACAAAAAGAAGGUACAAAAUCAUCUUCAGAUUCUGAGAUUAUCUCUGUGAGUGAUACACAGAAUUAUGUGUGUUUACCUGAGGCUACAUAUCAAAAAGAAAUAAAGACAAUAAAUGGCAAAAUAGAAGAGUCUACUGAAAAGCCCUCUGACUUUGAGCCUGCCAUUGAAAUGCAAAACUCUGUUCCAAAUAAAGCUUUAGAAUGGAGGAAUAAACAAACAUUGAGAGCAGAUAAUAUGUUGACCUUAAAAUCAGGAAAAGAAACAUAUGCAGAAUCACGUUGGAGUUCUAAGAACUUCGAACAGAGUGUUUCGGAAAGUGCUGCACAGAAUUACACGUGUUUACCUGAGGCUACAUAUCAAGAAGAAGUCAAGAAUAUAAAUGGAAAACUAAAGGAUUCAACUAGCCUAUCAAAAAGCUUAGAUGCAGUUCCUUCUUGUAAAAGAGCAAGGGAACUUAAAAAAGAUCACUGUGAACAACUUACGGGAAAAAUUGAACGAAUGAAAAAUAAGUUUUGUGUACUAAAAAAGGAACUAUCGGAAGCAAAAGAAAUAAAAUCACAGUUAAAGAAUCAAAAAGUUAAAUGGGAACAAGAGCUCUGCAGUGUGAGAUUGACUUUAAACCAAGAAAAAGAGAAGAGAAGAAAUGCCAAUAUGUUAAAUGAAAAAAUUAGGAAAGAAUUAGGAAGAAUCGAAGAGCAACAUAGGAAAGAGUUAGAAGUGAAACAAGAACUUGAACAGGCUCUCAGAAUACAAGAUAUGGAAUUGAAGAGUGUAAGAAGUAAUUUGAGUCAGGUUUCUCACACUCAGGAAAAUGAAAAUGCUCUCUUACAUGAAAAUUGCAUGUUGAAAAAGGAAAUUGCCAUGCUAAAACUGGAAAUAGCCAAACUAAAACACCAACACCAGGAGAAGGAAAAUAAAUACUUUAAGGACAUUAAGAUUUUAAAAGAAAAGAAUGCUGAACUUCAAAUGACUCUAAAACUAAAAGAGAAAACAUUAACAAAAAGGGCAUCUCAAUAUAGUGGGCAGCUUAAAGUUCUGAUGGCUGAGAACACAAUGCUCACUUCUAAAUUAAAGGAAAAACAAGACAAAGAAAUACUGGAGAGAGAAAUUGAAUCAUGCCAUCCUAGACUGGCUUCUGCUGUACAAGACCGUGAUCAAAUUGUGACAUCAAGAAAAAGCCAAGGACUUGCUUUCCACAUGGCAGGAGAUGCUUGUUUGCAAGGCAAAAUCAAUGUUGAUGUGAAUAAUACAAUAUAUAACAAUGAGGUGCUCCAUCAACCACUUUCUGAAGCUCAAAGGAAAUCCAAAAGCGUAAAAACUAAUUUCAAUUAUGCAAGAGAUGCUCUGAGGGAAAAUACAUUGGUUUCAGAACAUGCACAAAGAGAGCGAGAUGAAACACAAUAUCAAAUGAAGAAAGCUGAACACAGGUAUCAAAAUGAACAAGAUAAUGUGAACAUACACAAUGAACAGCAGGAGUCUCUGGAACAGAAAUUAUUUCAGCUACAAAGCAAAAAUAUGUGGCUUCGACAGCAAUUAGUUUAUGCACAUAAGAAAGCUGAUAACAAAAGCAAGAUAACAAUUAAUAUUCAGCUUCUUAAGAGGAAAAUGCAACAUCAUCUCCUAAAAAAGAAAAAUGAGGAGGUAUUUAAUUACAGUAACCAUUUAAAAGACCGUAUAUAUAAAUAUGAAAAAGAGAAAGAAGAAAGAGAAAACUCAUGAGAGACAAGCAGAGACCAGUAAGAAACUUCUUUUGGAGAAACAACAGACCAGAUCUUUAUUCACAACUUAUGCUAGGAGGCCAGUCCUAGAGUUACCUUGUGUUGGAAAUCUUAUCGAUAGUUUGAGUCGACAGAAUACUUAUUUUAGAAGAAAAAUUCAUGAUUUCUUCCUGAAGCCUACGACAUAAAAUAACAGUGCGAAGAACUACUUGUUCAAGGUUAUAUAAUAGUGUAACAUUGCCAAGAAGUGGAUUAUCU